AUGGAAGUAGCAUUGAGAACAUAUCAGAAGAUACUCAAAAUGUAUCAAGAUAACACUAUUCAAGCACGAAAAUUGUUAUUAAAAUCACCAGCAACAACAGAGUCUCAAAUGGUUUUGUCUCAACUUAGUUCUAUUGAAAGUAUUGUUAGAAAGUUCAAAUCAAGACCUAUUCAAAUUGAUGUCAACAAUAACGUGAGCAAAAAUAAAACAAGAAUAGAACAAACAGAAAGGAAAAGAAAGAUCAUCAAGCCAACACCACAAGAACUUGAGAAAAUAGCAAAGUCAUUUUCAUUACCAUCUAUUAAAUUAACAACUAAUAUUAAUCCUAAUAAGAAAGCAGAACAAAAGAUUAUUGUUUCAGAGUUUCAAGGACAAUUUUAUCAAAUGACUAAAUAUGCCUCAGGAUGUUCAUUAUUACAAAAACUAUUGGAUGGUGCAAGUGAAGAGAGUGUUCUUCUUAUUUUUGAAGAACUUGAAGAUUAUUUAGAAGAACUUAUAACUCAUCCAAAUGGACAGUAUGUUUUACCAAAGAUUGUAGAAUUUGGAAGUGAAGAAAUAAAAGAUAAUGUGUUUGGUGUUGUUGCUGAUAAUUUAGUAAAGUAUUGUUGCCAUCAGUUUGGAGGAUAUACAGUUCAAAAAAUUGCACCAUUUAUGAGAGAAAGACAUAUUCAAAUAUGGUCUCCAAUAUUAAGAAAUAAUAUUUCAAUAUUAGUCAUUGACCCUCAUGCUAAUUAUGUUAUUCAAACUUUAUUAAAAAUUUUCAAUGAAAAAAAUUCUAAUUUCUUUUAUGGAGGAUUAAAAGAUUGUGUUGUACGUAUUUCCAAAACUAAGAUUGGGUGUUCUGUACUUACACAUGCCAUUGACAAUUCAACAAUUCAACAAAUUAAUUUAAUUAAACCACAACUUCUUUCAAACUGUUGUGAUUUAAUACAAGACCAAUAUGGUAAUUUUGUUAUUCAACAUUUGAUGGAAAAUGACCCAACAAUUAUUUCAGACAUUAUUCAAAAAAUUAAAGAUGAUGUUGUAUUUUAUUCUAAACAAAAGUUUAGUUCAAAUGUAGUUGAAAAGUGUUUGAAAUGUUCAACAGAAAAUGAAAGACAACCAUUACUUGAUAUAUUAUCACAACCUGAAUCUCUUGAUGCAUUAGUUGAAGAUCAAUAUGGAAAUUUUGUCAUUCAAGCAUUCCUUGAUGCUCUUCCAGAAAAGACAAAAGAAGAAAUGGCUCAUCAAAUUAUUCCUCUAAUCCCUUCAAACAGUCAAUUCUCAUAUCAUGUCGAGAAGAAACUUUUACAAUCAUUCACAAAAUAA